AUGCGACUCCCUCUGUACCUCGCGCCUCCUCGCCCAUCCCUGGCCCAAGUGCGCGCCAAGCGUGUCCGUGUCGUCCGCCCUUCUCUCUCCCAUGGGGUCCGACGGGUGCUUCCAGUCACGGGGCAGGGCAACAGCGAUUUCGCGGCGUCGGUUCUCAAGCCGUGCAGCAGCAGCUUCAAGGAAGAUGCGGUGGCGGGGAUAGGGAGGAUGGGGUUGAGCGAGACGGGGAAGGAGGAGGGUGGUGCGACGAGUGGUGUGGAGGAGGGGGGCUGGGCCAAGUGGCCUGUGAACGGCACUGCAGGGGUGGAGAACGCCAAGGGGCAGCCUGCGACUGUAGCUCCCGAGUCCCACUGCGAUUCCGCCGUGCCGAGAAUGAACCCCUUAAAGCCCGGCAAGCCGGUGGCGUGUGAGCUGGGCAUCGGUACAGCGAAUCCGGACACGACUCGGCCGCAGGGGCAGUUUGCCAAGGAGUACCUCUCUCGGAUGGGCUGCCACCAUGCUGAGACUCAGGCCAAGUUCGAACGCAUCUGCUACCACACGGGCAUAGACAAGCGCCACAUGGUGCUGCCAUGGGACACCGCGGCCAACCCUCUGGUUUCUCCCAUCCCUCUUUUGCUACCACACGGGCAUAGACAAGCGCCACAUGGUGCUGCCAUGGGACACCAUCGCCGCCAACCCCUGCCUGCAGGAGUUCGGCGCGCCCUCCCUCGCCAUGCGCCAGGACAUCCUGCGCAGCGCACUGAGGACGUCAACUUCGCUGCUGCCGCCUGCGAACGCGCCCUCGCCGAGUGGGGCGGGGACAGAGCAGGCAUGGGGGGAAGGGGAGGGGCAGGGGAGGAGGCGGGGGGUGUCAGUGGGGUGAACGGGGAAGGUGGCGUGCACCUGCCGGGUGGGGCCAGGGCAGGGAGGAUAACGCACGUGGUGGUGGUGACGGUGAGCGGGGUGCACCUGCCCGGGCUGGACGUGCAGCUGGUGGAGGCCUUGGGGCUGCGCCGCUCCACCCAGUGCUUGCUGCUGCAGAUGCUCGGGUGCUAUGCGGGGGUGACGGCGCUGCGCAUUGCCAAGGACCUCGCGGAGAAGAAUGCGGAUGAGGGCGCACGGGUGCUGCUCGUGUGCUCUGAACUCAACAGUCUCAUCUUUCAGAUGCUGGGGUGCUACGCGGGGGUGACUGCGCUGCGCAUUGCCAAGGACCUGGCUCAGAAUAACGCGGAUGAGGGGGCGAGGGUGCUGCUCGUGUGCUCCGAACUCAACAGCAUCAUCUUCCAGGUGGGGUAUGAUCUAAUCCUCCACAUGCGCCUCGUCGCGCCGACGACGAUCGUGCUGACUGACUGCUGA